AUGGCGGCGCAGCGUGGGGGUUGGGCCCUGGCGCCCUUCCCCUUAGCUCCCGCGGGCUCUGGAGCUCCGCACUGGGGAGGGGAAAGGAAGGAAAAGGCUUUAGGAGCCCUCGGCGGCUCCCAGGGCAGCCCCUGCGUGUGGGCGGCCGCAAAUCUAUAUCAUGGUGUAUUCUUCUCUAGGUUUGGAGCCCCUCGUUUUGGGGGGAGUAGAGGCGGACUGCUAUCUGGAAAGAAAUUUGGAAACCCUGGGGAAAAGCUUACAAAAAAGAAAUGGAAUUUAGAUGAACUUCCCAAAUUUGAGAAGAACUUUUAUCAAGAACAUCCUGAUGUAGUUAGACGUACUGUGCAAGAGGUUGAACAGUACAGAUCCAGCAAAGAAGUAACAGUCAGGGGCCAUAACUGUCCAAAACCAAUUAUAAACUUCUAUGAAGCUAACUUUCCUGCAAAUGUUAUGGAAGUGAUUCAGAGGCAGAAUUUCACUGAACCAACUGCUAUUCAAGCACAAGGAUGGCCUGUUGCCUUGAGUGGACUGGAUAUGGUUGGAGUCGCGCAGACUGGAUCAGGGAAAACGCUGUCUUACUUGUUGCCUGCCAUUGUGCAUAUAAAUCAUCAGCCAUUCCUAGAGCGAGGAGAUGGACCUAUAUGUCUUGUACUGGCACCAACUCGUGAACUGGCUCAGCAAGUGCAGCAGGUAGCUGCAGAGUAUAGCAGAGCAUGCCGUUUGAAGUCUACAUGUAUUUAUGGAGGCGCUCCAAAGGGACCACAAAUUCGUGACUUAGAAAGAGGUGUGGAAAUCUGCAUUGCGACACCUGGAAGACUUAUAGACUUCCUGGAAGCUGGAAAGACCAAUCUCAGGAGGUGCACUUACCUUGUACUCGAUGAAGCUGACCGAAUGCUUGACAUGGGAUUUGAACCACAGAUCAGAAAAAUUGUAGAUCAGAUCAGACCUGAUAGGCAGACUCUGAUGUGGAGUGCAACCUGGCCAAAGGAAGUCAGACAGCUGGCUGAAGACUUUUUGAAAGAGUAUGUACACAUCAACAUUGGAGCAUUAGAAUUGAGUGCAAACCACAACAUUCUUCAGAUCGUGGAUGUGUGUCAUGAUGUAGAGAAAGAUGACAAGUAAGUAGUCAGUUGGUACGAAAUG